AUGCGCAAGUUUGACAACUGCGUGCUUCUCACCCGCGUCGGCAGCUUCUACGAAUUGUACUUUGAGCACGCCGAUGAGUAUGCUCCCCUUCUGAAUCUCAAGCUGGCAUCUAAAAAAACCAACGCUGGGCCUGUGCCCAUGGCUGGCUUCCCCUUCUUCCAAUUGGACCGGUUUCUGAAGAUUCUAGUCCAGGACCUGAAUCGUCACGUGGCUAUAGCUGAGGAAUUUCCCAAUGACGCCGCAGACAAGGUCAAGUCUGGAGGCUUGAUGCAUGACAGGAGGGUGGCUCGAAUUGUUACCCCCGGCACCCUGAUUGACGAAAAUUUUAUUGAUCCGUAUGCGAACAACUAUGUUCUGGCUAUACACCUUGCAGGCAGCAAGGAGGCACCGGAGUUGAAGUCUGCCAUGGUUGAAGACCAUGGCAUUCGCGUUUCACCUCCAGCAAGUCCAAUGCUACUUGGCUUGGCAUGGCUGGACUUGUCGACGGGCCAUUUCUUCACGCAGUCCGCAGACCUGGCUUCUCUACCGUCAAUACUGUCCCGUAUUGGCCCUCGAGAAGUUGUUCUGGAUGAGAACAUCGAAUCCCAAAAGGAUCAUGACAUCUUUUCCAUCCUAGCUGAGGACAGACAUCUAAUAACGUACUCCCCCAAGGGUGGCCUGACGGACAUCGGAGACUGGACACCAUUAUUAGAAUCACCAGUACCAGAGAGUGCCCGGAAAACUUUCACAAGCGAGGAAGUCCUCGCUGGUGGCCUUGUCCUAAACUACGUCAAGGGACGACUCCAGGGAAUGACGGUGAGACUACUGCCGCCUACGCGACACGAGAGCAUGCAAAUCAUGAAUAUUGAUAAAAACAGUCUGCGGGCCCUGGAAAUCAAGCAAACGAUCCGGGAUGGCCUCUUUCGCGGGAGUCUCUUACACGGCAUUCGACGAACAGUUACAAAGAGCGGAGCAAGACUGUUGAAUGAAUGGCUUAGCUCGCCCUCUACAUCUCUUCAUGUCAUCAAUACGCGACAAAAUUUGGUUGCAAGAUUCAUUGCUGCCGAGCAUCUUCGUGAUUCCAUCAUUAUGCUACUCCGACGGAGCCAAGAUUCGCAACGACUAGUCCAGAAGUUUUCUCUGGGAAGAGGCGACGCCGACGACCUUCUAGCACUGGCACACACUAUUCGAGCCACGGAAGAUAUCGUCAUUUUACUCCAAGAAGCAGCAGCGUCAGGUUCCGAUGCCGCACAGAACGAGUGUCUUUCGGGGCUUUUAUCGCGUAUCGAUCUCACCCAGCCACUCAAACUAGCUCGCAAAAUCAAAGGCGCCAUCGACGAAGAAGGCAUCGUCCACCAGCAUGAAGUAGAAGACUCCGAAGCAAGCCAGAUGCUCGCACUUGCCCAGGAUAUUGUCGCAACCGAGGGAUCUCAAGAAGACGCAUCAUCCCUACACAAGAGCAAAAAGAAACGACCAACAUCCAUCAAGGAGUACUAUGCCGAAGACAACGACGCCUGGAUCAUGAAACCUGGUGCGAGUACCAACCUGAAAAGGCUGCAUGCGCAACUUUCGUCUCUGCUAGAUGAGAAGAUUGAACUAAGUGACUCUCUUCGCGAAAAACUCGGUGCUUCUAGCCUUACACUGCGGUGGAGCACAAGCCUUGGCCACAUUGCCCAUAUAAAGGGGAAGGAUACCAAGAAUCUCACCAACAUCCGAGCCCUUUCGUCCAGCCGCUCAACCACAUCCUUCCACUUGUCAGAAUGGACGACGCUAGGCCAACGUCUUGACCAAGCGCGCUUCCAUAUCCGCCGAGAAGAGCAGAAGGUGUUCCAAUCCCUUCGCGAACAGGUCGUCCGGAACCUCGUCAAGCUGCGCGGUAAUGCUGCAGUCCUCGACGAACUCGACAUCUUGACAUCCUUUGCCAGGCUGGCCGUUGAGCAGAACCUCGUCCGCCCCAAGCUCAACAACUCUACAACGCACACCAUCAUUGGCGGGCGACAUCCCACCGUUGAAGGCGGCCUGGUAGAACAAGGCAGAAGCUUUGUCAGGAACGAUUGUCUUGUGGGAAGUCAACCAGACGGCUUGCUCUGGCUGAUCACGGGUCCCAACAUGGCAGGAAAGAGCACCUUUCUGCGGCAAAACGCCCUCAUCACCAUCCUUGCCCAGAUCGGAUGCUACGUACCCGCUUCGUAUGCGGAGCUGGGUAUUGUAGACGCCAUAUUCAGUCGUGUCGGCUCCGCGGACAACUUGUUCCGCGACCAGAGCACCUUUAUGGUCGAAAUGUUGGAAACAGCGCACAUUCUCAAACAAGCGACGCCACGGUCGUUUGUCAUCAUGGAUGAGAUUGGUCGGGGAACUACGCCUGAGGACGGCACCGCCGUCUCAUAUGCCUGUCUGCACCACCUGGUCACGGUGAAUCGGUGCAGAACACUGUUCGCGACACAUUUUCAUGGUGUCGCUGAUUUGGCGGCAUCAGAUGGACUGUGCACAGUCGACGGCGGCGGACCGGUACAACUAUACUGCACCGACGUGGAGGAAGAUGACCAAGGGGGGUUUGUAUAUGUUCACAAGCUACGGAAGGGCAUAAAUCGACGGAGCCAUGCUCUUAAGGUAGCCAGGCUGGCAGGUUUGCCUGAGCGAGCCAUGGAUACUGCAACGCAGGUCCUCGAGGCACAGGGCGCUCCUAGCACGUUUUCUACAUGUGCUGCGUCGGGGGCUAUUUGA